AUGCCUCAGACAGAACGUGCUUGCAAACAUGUUGAUACUACAACAAGAAGUCCUAGCAUUGCUACCAUGGAACAAUUCCUCCGAGGAGGGGAAUCCUCAAGGAUGUCACCAACCUACUCCACCUCCCCUUCUUCCCCUUCGUCUUCGUACUUCGAGAAGGUGAAGCACCAUGACCCUGAAGAAGAUCAAGGCCUAUAUCAGAGAAAAUCGGUUCUCAGCAAAGUGAAGGAGAGAGCCAAGAAAUUAGUAUCACGCAACAGCCUCAGUAGGAGACGCCAGGACGAAGAUAAUUUCACUCCGUCUUGGGGUGUUAGUUUAGAAGAUGAAGAAGGAGAAGAAGAAGAUGCCGAAUACCUUGGAGCUCCAAUCUAUGAAUCAGAGCUAGCCCCUGAAGAAUACAAAGAAAAUGCAAGACAACAUCCAAGAGCAAAUCCAGUAAUCUCUGAGAAGCGCGUUUUGAAGACGACGAAACCAGGAGAACAACAAGAUAAACAAAAUGCACUUAGUCCUGUCAAAUCCUCAACAACAAUAACUCCUCAACUUGCAACAUCAUCAACAACUACUAAUAGCCCAAAUCAAGACACAACAAUGACUCAUGAAAAACUCACACCAACCAUUGUUGAUAAAACAGCAAAGGCAUUAACUCAUUCUGCUUCCUCAAAACCUCAUGUUACUUCUAUAAUUACUCCUGUUGCUCCUUUGAGUUCAUCAAUGAUGCGAAAUAAUUCUUCACCGUCCUCAUCUUCGCCAUUGAGUCAUGUGAAGUUUGCUACUAGUCCAAAAAGUCCAAAUAAUUCUCAAUCAUUAAUGAGUCCUAGGAGAAGUUCUAAUGGUAUUAGUGUGAUUGAGAAGGUGAAAGGAGCUGUAAAUUCUUUGCUAAGAAAUGAUGAACAACCACAACAAAAAUAUUUUGUAAAAAGUCCUACAACACGUGCUAAUUCUUCACAAAUAAGCAACACUACUACUCAUGAAGUUGGUCAAGGAGCGGAGAACCAUGGAAGAAUUCUUCAGACAAAUUAA